AUGGAGACUGAUCGGCAAAAUGGAGAAUUCGUGGAAGGCAACAUCAAUAAUCAUAGCCAUGCCGCUAUGUAUUGUUUCUUCGGCCUCUCAGGUGUGGUUGAUCUUGUGAUGUGGUAUGGUGUAAUUCCUCUACCGCCGAUGACUGACUAUGUGAUCAUAUCAGCAAGUUUCUGGAUCGAAGGAUUUCUCUUCUAUUUUCACCUUCAAGGCCAUUCAGAAAUAAGUGUCCGCUUACACGUCAUUCUCUACAUCGUGAUUUUCAUCACAGCGGCCUUGUUUCUCGCUGAUGUCUUUUUUUUACGCAACAUCAUUUAUUGUUCUCGCUAAUAAGGGCUGUUUUGAUAGCUGUGCAAGGGUCUUGGUUUUACCAAAUUGCCUAUGUUCUAUAUGGCCCUAACCCUUGGAAAAACACUCCAAAAAAUGUUGAAGUGUUGCCGAUCGCUUUCGCGUGGCAUUUGUUUAUUUUCUUAACUCUUUCCUUCGUGUUCGUUGCCGUGUUUAAUCGAUUCUGCGGGAAAAAAUAUACUCGAGAUAAUCAAUUAGAUGAGGAGAUCUCGGACGAGGAGACAGAAGACAUUCCUUUGUAA